UUAUAAAGGAUUGCAGGAAGGCAAGCAGACCAGUCCGAUGCUGGUACGUCGAAAAGAUUCGAUCGUAUAUUUGUGAACAACAUAUAUCUAUAGGAAUCAUGUCGACGGCCGAACCGGAAAUGAUAAAUGGGUCCGCCGCAGCGGUGGCGUCCACUGGUCUAUCGUCGUCCACUGUUUUCCUGUUUCUCUUCUUACCGGCUUUGAUUCUAUACUACGUCUACUUCAAGAUUUCACGUCGUCAUAUGCUCGAGCUGGCGGAAAAAAUACCGGGUCCGGAAGGCCUGCCAAUAAUUGGAAACUUAUUUCUGCUCAUAGGAAGUUCCGACACCAUGUUUCGUAACUUGUACAGAAAGUCCUUCGAAUUCGACCAAGUCAUCAAGAUCUGGCUCGGACCGAAGUUGCUGGUCUUCCUGAUGGAUCCGCGCGACGUCGAGAUCGUCCUGUCCAGCCACGUCUACAUCGACAAGUCGUCCGAGUACCGGUUCUUCCAACCCUGGCUCGGAAACGGCCUUCUCAUCUCCACCGGUUCGAAAUGGCGCGCCCACCGCAAAUUGAUCGCGCCGACGUUUCAUUUAAACGUGCUCAAGACCUUCAUCGACCUCUUUAACGCGAAUUCACGUGCGGUCGUGGAAAAAAUGCGUCAGGAGGGCGACAAAGAAUUCGACUGUCACGAUUAUAUGUCCGAGUGCACCGUCGAGAUCCUCCUCGAGACCGCCAUGGGUGUCUCCAAAUCCACGCAGGAUCGAAGCGGCUUUGAAUACGCUAUGGCUGUUAUGAAGAUGUGCGACAUUCUCCACCUACGUCACACAAAGCUCUGGCUCAGACCAGACUGGCUGUUUAAACUCACGAAAUACGGGAAAGAUCAGAUCCGUUUGUUGGAGAUCAUCCAUGGGCUCACGAAGAAGGUCAUCGCGCGCAAGAAGCAAGAAUUCAAGAACGACCCGCGCAAAACCGUCGAUGAUGCUAUCACGGAAAACAGCAAUGCUAAAACCACCGAAAAGUCCAUUUCCGUGGAGGGACUUUCCUUUGGGCAGGCAGCCGGUCUGAAAGACGAUCUCGACGUGGACGACAAUGAUGUUGGCGAGAAGAAGAGGCAAGCUUUCCUCGAUCUGUUGAUGGAGGCUGGUGAGAACGGUUCCAUCCUGUCGGACGAGGAGGUUAAGGAACAGGUCGACACUAUCAUGUUCGAGGGACACGACACGACCGCCGCUGCAUCCAGCUUCUUCCUGUCGAUGAUGGGCUGCCACCCGGACAUUCAGGAAAAAGUCAUUCAGGAACUCGACGAAAUCUUCGCCGACAGCGACAGGCCCGCGACCUUCCAGGACACGUUGGAGAUGAAGUAUCUCGAGCGAUGCCUCAUGGAGACCCUUCGCUUGUAUCCACCUGUGCCAGUCAUUGCGCGUACAAUUAAUACCGACUUGAAGCUCGCGUCGGGAGACUACACGAUUCCAGCUGGGACCACGGUGGUAGUGACGACCUUCAAGAUGCACCGACAGCCGUACAUCUACCAGAACCCGGAGGUCUUCAACCCCGACAAUUUUCUGCCCGAGAGGACCGCCAAUCGGCACUACUACGCCUUCGUGCCGUUCUCCGCCGGACCGCGUUCCUGCGUGGGCCGCAAAUACGCCAUGCUCAAGCUGAAGAUCAUCCUGUCCACGAUCAUGAGAAACUACCGCGUCAGGUCGGACAUCAAGGAGUCGGACUUCAGACUCCAGGCCGACAUCAUCCUCAAGCGCGCGGAGGGUUUCAAGAUCCGGUUGGAGCCGAGGAAACGGCCGGCCGCCGCCGCCACCGUCUGAAGCGGGACAUCCUCCCGCUUUGCGUCCAGCAGUAGAGUCGUAAAAGGAACACGGGGAGGGGGGGGAGGACGGGGGAAACGAAUUUGGCGAAAUUUCGAAUCUCGCUCCCCCUCUCGCACCCCCGUGCGCAUGCGCGCGAAAAACAAACGCCACCGCGCGAAGUUGCAUGUAAAUUGUAAAUGUCGUAUAUUAUAUACUUUGUACGCGAGAUUGUUGUAUGACGCACAUUUAUGCUCAUUAUCGCUCUUAUGUUGAUAUUUAUCUCAAUAAAUGCGGCGCGUGUAUCCCCCGCGCGCCACGAAAUCUCUUAA